AUGUCAACAGUUCAUCUUCAUAUUGGCCAAUGUGGCAAUCAGCUGAGUGUUCCACUGUGGCAAAAUUUUAUCAAGAGCAGCAGUAAAGGGACAGAACAGGUGUUUACUUCCUUGGAUGGAUGGCAUCGUAGUGUUCACAUUGACAGUGAGCGUAAGGUUAUAGCUUUAUUGCCAGAAACAUUCCGUGUUAGAGAGAAAAAUGUGGUAUUUGGGAAAAGAGGACGAGGCACAAACUUUGCUUUAGGGUACUCUGGGGUGGCAUCUUUAGGUGAUGAUCACGUCUUAGAAAGUGCUCUGGAAGCAGUAAGAAAGGAGAUUGAGAGAUGUGAUAUUUACUCUGGUGUCAUUGUUUACCACAGCAUCAGUGGUGGAACAGGGUCAGGUCUAGGUGCUCACAUGAUUGAAAUGUUGCGGGACAACUACCCAUGUAACUAUAUCCUGUCAUGUGCCGUGGCCCCUUGUGUUAGUGGAGAAAGUCCCUUACAAAACUACAAUGCACUGUUGGCACUACACUGGCUUCAAAACUACUCAGACUGCAUCAUUUUACUUCCAAAUGACUUUUAUCUGUCUCGUUUACACUGUAAACUUCAUUCUGACGAAGCUGUUAAACAGUUGUCAUUCAAAGAUUUAAACAGUGUAAUUGCCAGCAAUCUUUGUGGAGUGUUUCUACCAACUACCACUUUAUCACUUUCCAAAAAUGUCAGUAUUGGUCAGGAACCCUGGGAGCUAGUUCGAACUUUAACUCCAAUGCCAUCGACGAAGUUUGUUCAUCUGUCACAACACAUCUCUUCUAGAUUGUCCUGGGAAGAGAUGACUUCAAAAGUGUUAAGCACAUAUCCAAAAUAUAAUUCUGAAGGUGUCCAAAAUCAUUGCCUUUCUGGAACUGUUGUGGCAAGAGGAGAUAAAGACAAUAUAUUUUUGGCUGCUGUCAAUAGAGGUAUUGAUAAAAAGGUUAAGAAAGGUGUUAAUGUUGUCAGUUGGAAUCCAUAUCCUUUCGACUGGUGGAGGACAUCAGUGAAUACAGUAGGCUCAAAGAAAAAUUGCAGUAUAACUUUGGCUACAAAUUCAACUUGUAUUCUUGAUCACCUCAAUACUAUUCAAGCAAAGUCUCAGGUAAAGCUUGAGUCAGGUGCUUAUUUACAUUGGUACGAUCGCUAUGGGAUAUCACAGACUUAUAUUUGCAUAGAUCAAUCUAUAAAAAUGAUGCACACACCAGGACAUUGA